UGAGGUGAAGCUCAGCGUGGCGUCAUGUCUGUCCGAUCGCAUCGUGGACGAGAUCCUGGAGUCUCUGUCCAGAUCACAACACACUCUGGCCGACCAUCUGAUCAGAAAGGAUCCGCCUCUGCUGCGUCACGAGCCUCAGAUGGAGACCGAGGUUCUGGACGAGACGGUUCUGAAGCCGCAGAACCAGCAGCAGGAACCAAAACCACAGAGGAAGCAGGACACGGACACGUGCAUGAUGACGAAGAGGAAGAGUAUCCUGGUGAGGAUGCUGCGUCCCGUCUCUGUGGCCUUCGAGAUGGAGUUUGACCUGGACAAAGCUCUGGAGGAGGUUCCCAUCCAUGUUGAGGACCUGCCUCUUCCUCCUCCUCCUUCGCCGUUACCCAACAGAACGUCAGCGUACUGCAGAGACCUCCCUCCUCCCCCGACGUCACCGGACGCAAAGUCCGUCCCUCUGGGCGAUCUGCCGCUGGUGGAGCACAAGAUGCUGGAGCAUCGCACCAAACUGCGACCGAAACCCAAGAAGAGGACGAAACCCAGUCGACCACGUCGGCAGGCCACCGGCAGCUCGGCGCCACCAGACGGGGAGCAGAACAGCAUCAUGGGAAAGCUGGACGAGGGCCUGGACGACUUUUUCUCCAAGAAAGUCAUCAAACUCAGCUUCAGACUUCCCUCUGUCAAAGGUCAAACGUCAAACACGCAGGAAGCGACAGAAAAGAAACGUGAGUCCAGGAAGAGCGGCUUUUUCAACCUCAUCAAAUCUCGGACGUCCCGCUCAGAGAAGAGCCACGGAGCCGCCGCCAUCACUCCUCCUCGUCCCGCCCGCGCCAUCACUCCUCCUCAGCCUGUGACCUCCAACCCCGCUGCACCCUCCUCUUCCGUCAGCCCCGUGACUGAGGAGCCGACGCCCACAUCCCCUGCACCGCCCACUAAAAAUGCUGCGACCGCAGUGGAGCUGCAUCAGGAGCUGCACAGCGCUCAGUCCGUCAACCACACAGAUUCAGAGACCGAGGUCUGCCCGCCCACUACUGAGGAGCAGAAGGAGGAGCAUGAGGAGGAGGAGGAGGAGGAGGAAGAGGAGGAGGAGAAAGAGCACCCACACAUACCUCGCCAUAUUGGAGUUCCUGUGAUGGGAAUGGACCUGAUGGCUGAGAUGAAGGCCCGACAGGAGAGAAUGGCUGUAAAGAAG